UUACAGACCGACUUCCACUGAAGGAGGACAGCUACAUUACAGCUGGGAAUACUGGGAAUACUGGGAAUACUGGGACUACUGCUGCUGGUAAAUAUACUGCACUUACAGCUGGUGGUGCACAGGAAAUACAGGCUGGAGGAGAAGGCUGUUAAAAGUGGAAGUAACUCAGACACGGACAUGACUUGCAGAUCAGAACAGGAACUUUCUUGUUCUCUCUGCCGUGACAAGUUAAAAGAUCCAGUCCUUCUUUCAUGUAACCACAGCUUCUGCAGAGACUGUCUGCGCAGACACUGGGCAGACGCAGACAGUCCUGAGUGUCCAGUCUGUAAGAGAAAGUCCUCAAUGGAUUUCCCUCUUAUUUACUUUACACAGUCUGAGUCUGAGCUGCUGUGUCGCCUGCACUCUGAGAAACUCGGCUUGUUCUGCGUGGACGACGAGACGCUGGUGUGCGGCGGCUGCAGAGAUUCGGACACGCACAGCGGCCACAGAUUCAAAGCUGCCGAUGAAGCCGUGCACGACCAGGAGAGAAAACUUCAGGAUCUCUUAAAACCUCUGAGAACGAAACUGACGCUCAUUCACCAAAUUAAAGGCAACUGUGAUCAAACGGCUGAGCACAUUAAAGUCCAAGCAGAGAGCACGGUGCAAAGGAUCAAGGAAGAGUUCAAGAAGCUUCACCAGUUUCUAGACGAGGAAGAGGAGGCCAGGAUGGCUGCACUGAGGGAGGAGGAGGAGCAGAAGAGUGAGAUGAUGAAGGAGAAGAUUGGGGCUCUGAGCAGAGAGAUAACUGCUCUGUCAGACACCAUCAGAGCGACGGAGAAGGAGCUGAGAGCAAAAGACGCCUCGUUCCUGCUCAACUACAAGGCCGCCGCGGACAGAGUCCGGCAGCAACCUCUGCCCGAUGACCCACAGCUGCUCUCCGAGGCCCUCAUAGAUGAGGCCAAACAUCUGGGCAACCUGAGGUUUAGCAUCUGGAACAAGAUGAAGGAGAUGGUCUCCUACAGUCCUGUGGUUCUGGAUCCAAAUACAGCUCAUCCAGACCUCAUCCUGUCUGAAGAUCUGACCAGCACCAGACAAGGAAAGACAAAGCAGCAUCUUCCUGAGAACCCGGAGAGGAUCGACCACUUCAUCUCUGUCGUGGGCUCCGAGGGAUUCGACUCUGGGUGUCACAGCUGGGAGCUGGAGGUCGGAGACAACACCGCCUUCUCAUUGGGCGUGUUGACAGAGUCUAGCCCCAGGAAAGGAAACCCGUGGUCUGGACUCUGGAGACUGAUGUUCUGCAGCGGAGAAUACAAAUCGCUCUCACCAUCAGACACAGGAUCUGACGUGCCGGUGAAGAAGAAGCCCGAGAGGAUCAGAGUCCAGCUGGACUGGGACGGAGGGCAGCUGCUGUUUUCUGAUGCUGACACCGACACACACAUACACACCUUCACACACACCUUCACUGACAGGCUGUUUCCAUAUAUCAGCACCUGGAGCGACGUCCCCAUAAAGAUUGUAGAGUCGAAGGUGUCUGUAAUGGUGGAGCAACACAGUUAGAUAUGACGAUGAUGAUGAUGAUGAUGAUGAUGAUGAUGAUGAUGAAAAUGAUGAUGAUGAUUAUGAUGAUAUCAAGGACAAUCCACUAAUUUACCAAUUUACUAGUAAAACUAAUUUGUUUUCAUUUCUCAUUUAUUUUUUUUGAGUAAAUGAUGCUGAUGUGUCAGACAGAUAUUACAUUAAACUGUAUCACUAGACAGAAAAUGUAUUAAGACUUAUGUUACUAAUAUAAUAUCAGAUAUUUAGUCACUUUCAAAGUUAGAAAUUUUUUAACAUUUUUUUUUAACAAACUAAUUUCUUGCCUAAAUAAAUAUAUAAA